AGAUCAUCAGUGAACAAUCCUCUGAAUCCUGUAUGUUAAGAUGUUGAGGCCACUAAAUGCAUUGUUCAACAAGAGGUACUUCCUGCAGAUCCCUUAUGAGAUAUGUAAAGAGAGAAGAAGCUCACGAGUCUAUGUGCCUCCGGAUCCACCAGGCUACUUUGAUGGUUAUGUCUGGCCCAUGUACUUGAAAAACAGAAAAGCGAUGGAAGAAACUGUAAAUGACAUCGUGUUUCUGGAUGGCACACAGAAGAGCGAGAUGUUGCUCUCAACUGUUCUUGCAGACAUUCAGGAAAUGCUUAUGGUUACACAGAGAUGAGUUGUCACUUACCAGAUUUUGAGGACCAACAUUUCCAGCUGCUUAUUUUCCACAAGUAUACUAUGAAAUGAAUAAAUCAAGUUCAUCAUAAUAUUCAUUAAUAUCUAUUUGAUUACUUCCUCGUUAAAGUGCAUUUGCCGCAAGCUAUGUGACUCAUACACCAAUCAAACCGUGUGCAUUAAUACUCAAAAUAAGUGAAUUAACAGAGCAAAACGUGUUUAUGAACAGUUUCACUUGAUGAAACUGCAUCACAGUAAAUAUUAACAAUGACAGACAAA